AUGCCUUCCCAUCCUGAGGUUUUGUGGGCACAAAGAAGCUCAGCAAGUGACGAGACUAAGAAUGUCAUCUACCUCACCGUGAAUCUAACAGAGAUCAAAGAAUCUACGUUGGUUUGCGAGCUAGAGCCUACCAAACUCACGUUCAAGGCGACGGCUGGAGCAUCGACCAAAGGCAUCGAAGAAAAGGAGUAUGAAUUUGCUCUCGAUCUUUUCGAAGAGAUCGAUCCUGAAAAAUCAAGUAAGCGCUUGACUACGCGUUCCCUGGUUCUCGUCCUCCGCAAAAAGGAGGCGAAAGAAGCGUAUUGGCCUCGUCUCACUAAGGAAAAGAUCAAGCAUCCUUUCAUCAAGACUGACUUCAGCCGAUGGGUAGAUGAAGAUGAGCAGGACGGCGCCGAGGCUGUGGACGAAGAUCUGAUGGAGGGCAUGGGUGGCAUGGGUGGCGGCAUGGGUGGCAUGCCAGGAAUGGAAGGCCUGGGUGGCAUGGGAGGUAUGCCGGGUAUGGGUGGUAUGGGUGGUAUGGGUGGCAUGGACUUUGAGAAGAUGAUGGCUUCGAUGGGCGGCAUGGGUGGCGCCCCCGCCUCCGGGGGAGAUGAGGAUUCCGGUCCCAGCGUGGAGGAUUCCGACGAUGACGAUGACGGCCCUCCACCACUUGAACAGGCCGAGCCCACCAAGCCAUGA